CAUCACCAUUCACCGCUGCAUUUCCUAUUAUUCUCUCUCUUUUCAACUCCCAAACGACAUUCUACUCCGGAUAAAACGACACCGUUUACUCCCAUUUCUCAAUCCAUGCUACUGUUAUUAUCAUUCUCACACACUCUCUCUCCUUCGCCCACUUCAUCUUCUUUUUCUUCUCCUAUUCCACCUUUCUGUUAUAACCGUUGACUUUCUUUAUUUUUUGGUCAGUUGUUUUAAAAGCUCAAGGAAAUGGAACAAGGAGUUAUUGAUGAUAUAAUCAAUCGGUUAUUAGAGGUUCGGGGUCCACCCGGAAAGCAGGUCCAGUUAUCAGAGUCCGAGAUCCUUCUACUUUGUGUGGAGUCUGGAGAGAUUUUCUUGAAGCAGCCUAAUUUGUUAGAACUAGAAGCUCCCAUCAAGAUUUGUGGUGACAUCCAUGGUCAAUAUUCUGAUCUCUUAAGGCUUUUUGAGUAUGGAGGUUUACCUCCACAAGUCAAUUACUUAUUUUUGGGCGAUUAUGUAGACCGUGGCAAGCAAAGUCUGGAGACAAUAUGUCUUCUUCUUGCAUAUAAAAUAAAAUAUCCUGAAAAUUUUUUCCUCUUGAGAGGAAACCAUGAAUGUGCUUCUGUAAACCGCAUUUAUGGUUUUUAUGAUGAGUGUAAGAGAAGAUUUAAUGUUAGGUUAUGGAAAACAUUCACUGAUUGUUUUAAUUGUCUACCGGUGGCUGCUUUAAUUGAUGAGAAGAUUCUCUGCAUGCAUGGGGGCCUUUCCCCUGACCUACAUAACUUGGAUCAAAUUAGAAAUAUACAACGUCCAACUGCUGUACCAGAUACAGGUUUGCUAUGUGAUCUUCUCUGGUCAGAUCCCAGUAAAGAUAUUCAAGGUUGGGGAAUGAAUGAUAGAGGAGUCUCAUUUACUUUUGGUCCUGACAAAGUGACUGAGUUUCUUCAGAAGCAUGAUUUGGAUCUUAUUUGUCGUGCUCACCAGGUUGUGGAGGAUGGAUAUGAGUUCUUUGCCAGUCGACAGCUUGUAACUAUAUUUUCAGCUCCUAAUUAUUGUGGAGAGUUUGACAAUGCUGGUGCUAUGAUGAGUGUUGAUGAUACACUGAUGUGCUCUUUUGAAAUAAUAAAGCCUUCAGUUUCAGGUAGGAAGUCAAAGUUCGGUUUUGGAAGCACAGCUUCAGCUAAGCUUGGAAACCCUUCAACAGGUGCUUUUGGGAGCAGAGCUAUGGCAAAGCCUGGAAAUGCAGAAGCAGGACCAAGGUAGCAAUUUCUGCCAUUGAGCACUGUCUCUCAUCAUAGAAUUUCCCACUGUCCUUCCUUGCUACCAGGUUAUGACGCAUUAAUUCGCGAGAUAAUUUGAUUGGAGAACCAACAUGCCAGGACUGCCAUUAGAGUAAUAUUCAGGCCUCUUUCAGUUAAAUAUAGUAUUUUGAAUUGUAAAAAGUUCAGGAGAGGGAAAAAGAAAGCCAUUGGAAACUAAUGAAAGAAAAUUAUUUCUUCCAUGGGUUUGAAGAUGGAAAGUUAUCAAUUCCUUCUCUUCAACAUGUACACUAAAGCUUGUUCAACCUAAUAUUCCUCUGAUCUCAUCUCUCAGGCAACAAAAUGGAUGCGGUACAACUCUUAUAAUUCUUCAGGCAUAAAAUAACCCUGUCUAUUUUUCUUC